AUGGCAGCUCCCCGUCUUUUCCGCCCAACGGCCCGUCUGCUUUCCUCGCGCCUUGCCUCCACCCCUCUUCGCCCGGCUUUCCGCCAGUCUGCGUGUGCUCCUUCUGUCUUGCGCUCCCGGGGAUAUGCUACGGAAGGCGGCCCUAAGGAGGUCACUGUUCGUGAUGCGCUGAACGAGGCCCUCGCGGAGGAGCUGGAGAGCAACCAGAAGACUUUUGUUCUGGGCGAGGAGGUUGCGCAGUACAACGGAGCGUACAAAGUGACGCGAGGUCUGCUGGACCGCUUCGGUCCCAAGCGAGUCAUUGAUACCCCCAUCACAGAGGCCGGCUUCUGUGGUCUGGCUGUGGGCGCUGCCCUUGCUGGCUUGCACCCGAUUUGCGAGUUCAUGACCUUCAACUUUGCCAUGCAGGCCAUUGAUCAGAUCAUCAACUCGGCCGCCAAGACGCAUUACAUGUCCGGCGGUAUCCAGCCUUGCAACGUGACUUUCCGCGGUCCCAACGGGUUUGCCGCCGGUGUGGCCGCCCAGCACUCGCAGGACUACUCGGCCUGGUACGGCAGCAUUCCUGGACUGAAGGUUGUCUCGCCGUGGUCCUCUGAGGAUGCGAAGGGUCUCUUGAAGGCGGCCAUUCGUGAUCCCAACCCCGUGGUCGUUCUGGAGAACGAGCUUAUGUACGGCCAGGCUUUCCCGAUGAGCGAGGCCUCCCAGAAGAAUGACUUUGUCCUGCCCAUUGGCAAGGCCAAGAUUGAGCGUCCCGGCAAGGACCUCACCAUCGUCUCUGUUUCCCGCUGCGUCGGCCAGUCGCUCAACGCCGCCGCCGAGCUCAAGCAGAAGUACGGUGUCGAGGCGGAGGUGGUCAACCUGCGCUCCAUCAAGCCUCUGGACGUCGAGACCGUCAUUGCCUCGCUCAAGAAGACCGGCCGUCUGAUGGUCGUGGAGUCGGGCUUCCCGAUGUUCGGCGUCUCUUCCGAGAUCAUGGCUCUGUCCAUGGAGUACGGCUUCGAUUACCUGACCGCCCCGGCCGUCCGUGUCACUGGUGCCGAGGUGCCCACUCCCUACGCCGUUGGCCUGGAGAACAUGAGCUUCCCCCAGGAGGACACCGUCGUCAGCCAGGCCGCUAAGCUGCUGCGAUUGUAA